AUGUCUGCCACAGGCAAGAAUCUGGACAACAUGUCCUAUCGUCAACUCCAGAAAGAAUGCCGCAAAGCUGGUCUUUUGGCAAAGGGUAAUACAGCUGCCCUUCGCAAACGGUUGCAUAAAGCAAUGGAUUCCAAAGAGACCCAAGUCACAGCUAAGCGCCAGAGGAAAUGCCCUGCAGAUGAUUUGAUUUGUCCAAUCACUUUGGAAUUACCAUGGGAUCCUGUCAUGGCUGAGGAUGGGCGCAUCUAUGACAGGCCUGCCAUUGAGGAACAUUUUCUGCAGCAUUGCGGGGAUCUCAAGUCUCCAAUCACUGGUCAAGGGAUGGGCAAGAAGCUUUUACCAGCAAUCCAGCACCGGAACAUCAUUGAGGCACUGUUCGAGUCUGGUGAUAUUCCUAGUGAUUUGGCCUACAAAUGGAAUCUUAAGGUCCAACAACAGAGAAAAAUGGAAGAGUUGUUGAGGCUGGCAGAAUCCGGUGAUGGAAUGUCCAUGUGCGAGGUGGGAGUUGGCUACUUGAUGGGCAAAUUUGGCUUUGACGAAGAUGAAAAGCUGGCCAUUCAGUGGCUCAAGAAAGCUCAUGAAGCUGGGGAUGUGUAUGGAACAGUAAUGCUGGGAAAGUGCUAUCUGAGUGGCCACGGUGUUCCGAAGUGUACAAAGAAGGCUAUCAUGUAUACAUCCAUGGCAGCAGGCCAAGGAUCAGACUUGGCAGCAUUUAGUUUUGGAAAGGCUUUGGCAGAUGGUGAAUUUGGUGUUAGUGUGGAUGAAGCCGAGGCCAUCUUUUGGCUUGAGAAGGCCGCUAGAGGAAUCUGCGAAGACGCCAAAGAAUACGCCCAAGACAAGCUGAAGGAGCUACGAGCGAGAAACAAUAAUGAGUAA